CUCGCUGUGAAUUUUGUUUCCCUUCCGUUUUUUUCCCCCUGAUUAUUUUUUUUUUAAUUUUCCGUGUUCGGAGAAUCUCAGCUGAAACGGGGGCAGGGAAACGAGGGUCCGCGCGCCAGCCGCCUCCCCGAAGCUUCCAACGCGGGUUUGGGUUCCGCUGAGAAAGCCUCUCCGCUCGGUCGGCCCCCGGUCCUCCCUCCCUCCCCGCCCGCCUGCGCUUCGUCCCCUCGUCCCGGUCCACCUCCGCCUCAGUUUCCCACACUUUCACCUGGGUUUACCCCGAGGAGAGCGCUCUUCCCGCGGACUCCUCCAGACUCGGGACCCGCGCUGCCAGGUUGGACCAGGUCUAUAACCGGUCUGGACAUGGACUGGAGGCCGUACCCGGACCUGGAGGCGGCCGAGGUCCUGGUCAGCAUGAGCUCCUGGGGUCAAAGUUCACACAAGCUCCGCCCCCUGACCCCGACCUGUGACUCGUGCGACUCGAUUCACCUGGAGCCCAACGGAGACCAGCGCGACCUGGUGGCCCUGUCCUCCCUGUGCAUGACGCCUCCUCACAGUCCGAGUUUUGCCGAGACGUCGACCACACCUGUCCUCACCUGCUCCGCCCCCAAGCCCCUGAUGCCCCGCCCGCUCUUCGCCACGGAGACCACGGCGUCCUGCCCGCUCCCCGUUUACGCCGACGUGGCCCCUCCCACUCUGAGCCGCGCCAUGGCGACCAGCGUCAUCCGCCACACGGCCGACACCGACUUCCUGCCCAAGAGCGUCCCGGAAAACGCCAACGUCCUGAUGACUCCGCCCGCCCCGCCGCCGCCGGUCCUCACGCCCGAGCCCCGGGAACGCCACGCCCCCCCCGCCGCCGCCCAGGACGCGCCCGUGUUAACCCCUGAGCCGCCGACGCUGCAGAUAAUCGCCGCCGUCACGGAAAACGCCGCCCCAUCUGCCGCCGAGCCCCCCCCGGCCUGUCCCCGCCCGCGCCGCCACCCUGCCCCGCCCUCCCCCGUGCCCGCCCCCGUGCCCGCCUCUCCUCCCGCCGCCGCCCCGGUCUCCUCCGCUUCGCAGAACGACGCGCCCGACCGCAGCGGCGCCCUCCCCACAGACGCUCCCUCCUCGCACGCGGCCGAAUGCCCAAAUAUGGAGCCGCCGCCGCCGCUGUCGUCGCACGUAGUCCCGCCCCCCACGACCACGACGGCCCCGCCCUCGCCGCUGCUGUGCCAGGUGAUCCCGGUCGGCGGCAGGUCGGGGGUCAUCUCCGCCAUCGUCCAGGGGUCACCCAAGCAGAUCCUGGUCAGCUCCGGCGUUCCUCAGGGCGCCGUCAUGCUCGUCGUGCCCCAGACGCAGGUCGGUUCUCGGGGCAGUGCGGUCGUGACGAAGCUCCUCCCCCUGGCUCCGGCGCCGGUGUACGUCGCCACGGGAACGGGCCCGGGCAGCGGCGUCUCCACGGUGACGCCGGCGGUGGAGUUCUCGCGGCGAAGGAACUACGUCUGCUCGUUCCCCGGCUGCAAGAAAACCUACUUCAAGAGCUCGCACCUGAAAGCCCACCUGAGGACGCACACGGGGGAGAAGCCGUUCAGUUGUGCGUGGGACGGCUGUGAUAAGAAGUUCGCCCGCUCGGACGAGUUGUCGCGCCAUCGCCGCACUCACACGGGGGAGAAGAAGUUCGCGUGCUCGGUGUGCGAGCGCCGCUUCAUGCGCAGCGACCACCUGACCAAGCACGCGCGCCGCCACAUGACCGCCAAACGCUCGGCGUGGGCCACCGCCGCCGCCGUCGGCCCGUCACAGCGCUCCGACCUCGCCAAGACCAACUGAAUCGAACGCUCCGGGACGCCGCCCGCCCCAACGC